AAUACAAAAUCAAUUAAAUUUCAUUACUUGAGGACCAGUAAUGUCAUUUUUCAAAAUCGAAAUUUCAACUUAGUUUUUUUUAUUCCUUUUGGCACAUACCAAUGUGAACCACAUAGACAGAUGUUAUCAAAUUUUAGAGCUGUCCGAUUUCUCGAUAUUUAUACCGAAUUUUGACCUCUAUACCACAAUACAGAUAUGUUCGCCUAAAACACCGAUAAUUCACUGGUCAUACACAUAAAUUCCAAUUUUGAGUUUUGGAUAGGUAUGAGAAAAGGGUGUCGAAAGAACUUUUUUUGCUCACUUAACUGAGCUCCGGUGAUAUUUGAAGACAAACACGAAAAAAGGUCCUAAGUGCAAAUGACAGUAUCUCUUUGUUUACUUUCUCUUUCGAGUAUUACGGUCCAAUCAGCAAUCUUUCCAUCUAACACUUCACAUAGGAUAAUAACAAAAACCAUCAACUUUCGAUAUGCACUGUAGAUUUUGUUGGAUAUUACUGGAAUUUUCCGUAAUAAUUGAAAGAGAAAGUAAACCAAGAGAAACUGUCAUUUGCACUUGGGACCUUUUCUAAUGUUCAUCGAGAUUUUCCUUGUACUUAUGUAGCAGAAAUUCUGAUACAGAUAUGGUAAAGAUACAUUUUUGCGUCGGAUAGAGAUUACUGAAAAAAUACCGGGCAACGCCGAUGGAGAAAAAAUACCGGGCAACGCCGAUAGAUUGGAGGGGUUUAUAUAAGUCCUAAAACAAUCUGAAGCAAUUUUAGUUCUUUUAGUUUUAUUUGAAGUUGCAAAUGUGCUAAAGAUGGGGUAGAAAUUUGAGCAGAAACAAUCAAAUAGAUUUCGAGAUAUCAAGACAAUAGUUUGAAAACAUCAGUUUUUCAGGAAAACGCGUCCAAAAAUUUAGUGAACUAUGCGCGCUCCUCUCAAAAAAAUAUAUUCUCCCACGUCUUAUGUGUGUGUUAUAGACGUGAUUUAUGAAAAAUGAUUUAUUUUUGUCUGACACACUAGCUGACUCCCUUAACUAAAACUAUAACUCAAUUCAAACUUUGAUUGUAUUUAAGGUAGCGCUUCGCCGUGGUCAGAUGAAGUUCGCUGCCUAUCCCGGGGUUUCACGCACUUUACCCAAAAUUGCAAGAGAACGGGGAAGAAAACGGAAAUUCCUAGAACAUACGAAUUUAGAUAAUUAGUUUUUCUAUCGAUUCGUAUAUAAAUUGUGUCUGAUAUUUCCCUAUUCUUUCGCACACUCACAUUGUCAACACACAAGAAAACAAAAUGUUUAACAAAACUCGCACGAAUUCUCGCAAAAGAAAUGCUUUCUUACUGAUAUAUUUCGCCAAAUGCAUAGUAAAAUCAUUUAUCUACAAUCGUAUGUUUUUGAUUUUUCGUGAAUCGGGUUAGUAUUGGAGAAAUUCGCAAUGUAGGGCGAAAUUUCGGCGACAAAGCAAGAGGAAGCAUUGAGUUGUCUCGCUUCGACCUGACCACGGCGAAGCGCUACCUUAAUAACAGAGAGAAACCGGAACAAGAAUAAUAUUUUCUCUUCAGUAAAAGAAGUCUUUUUGAAAAAAGAAUUUUUCUGUGUGUUUUUCUACUGUUCUUCUGUGCAUACAAAAAUAUGGCAACACUGACUGUGGUUAUUUUUUCUGAUUUUUUUUCCCAAGAGCUGACGUUGUGGAUCAUAUCACUGACCUCAUUGGCAACGACAGCGCGCGCGAACAACUGCGAUAAUUUAAAACAUUAUCCUGUUUGCAAACAGAAACUACUUCUAAUCAGCCCACUCGUACGAAUUUCGGUGCAACAUGGAUGAAAUAGUGCAAACCAUUAGUGCUCAAUACCCUUGUCGAGAACAGCUAAUCCGCAAUCUAUACCAGUAUUAUGGUACUGGCGACCCGUUUCCACCGGCUGUGUAUUUGUACGGACAUACGUCCACCGGAAAGAGUGUUAUUCUGCGGAGCUUUUUUGCGUUACUGAAGCAUACGAAAUACGCCAUCCUGAAUGCUAUCGAGUGCUAUACUAAUAAAAUUUUAUUUGAAUCGAUUAUCAACCGCCUGGAGAACCAUGUUCCUAGUGCAAGCAACCGAUACGCAUCACUAGUUAAUGCUGACUGCAUGAAGGACUUUGUUGCGCAUCUGCAACGAUUGAGUGACGAUUUCGGGUACGUGAUAGUGAUGGAAAAUUCCGAACGAGUACGGGAUAUGGACCACAACGUGUUACCGAUGCUGAUGCGUCUCCCGGAGAUAACGGGUUUGAACAUUUCGGUUAUACUGGUUUCCGAUUUGCCGUUUGAGAAGUACUACAUAAGAACAGGACUUUCACCAAUCAUUAAAAUGUUUACCGCCGAAUAUAACAAAAGUGAGAUACUAGUGAUUUUGAAAAAUGACUUCCCAAAGAUUCAUGAUAAACUCAGAACAAUUUUAGAAAAGGCAAAGGAUAGCAAAGGGAUCCCGCUAGCAGAAGAAGAACUUCAAAGGAGACUCAAAAUGCUGUCGACACUCACACCGGAGUUCUACGAAAAUUACCUGAGCAUCUUUCUGAGUGUGUUUUUUAAAGUUUGUCGUGACCUGAAAGAACUUCAGCUUGUUGCGAUGGAGUGCUAUCAAAAAUACUGCGAACCAGUGCUGGAUGGUUCGAUCGAGCAGAAUGAUGUCCAAAAACUGUGGCGACACAUCUCUAAAACCAUGAAGACUGCACUUGGCACUAUCUACAUGCGGAUGGGUAAUGUUAAUCAGAACAUGAUCCAGUGUACCACCACGGUUGAUCAGCCUUCGGAAGCGGUGGAGCAACCCUCAACAAUGAAGCGCUUAGCUCAGACCCUGGAACUACCGUUCUACGCCAAGUACUUGCUGAUCGCAGCAUACCUGGCCAGUCACAAUGCGGCCAAAGAAGACAAACGGCUGUUUAUGAAGAACCAUGGAAAGCAAAAGAAACGGAUGCAGUCGGUCAUUGCCAAAGCGAAGGUUUCGGAAAAGAUGGCCACCCAACUGGGACCGAAAUCGUUUACCGUUGAUCGACUGCUGGCGAUCUUCUACGCAAUUCUGGACGAUAAGGUUGGUCUAACCUGUAACCUUCUGGCGCAGAUUUCCACUCUGAUACAUUUGAAAUUUUUAAUCUUCGCAUCUGGCGAGGGCUCGGUCAUGGACGGAAGUGCCCGGCUGCAGUGUACCGUCGGGAUGGACUUUAUCGUGCAUAUUGGCAAGAUGUGUGGUUUCAACGUUCGACAGUAUUUGUGCGACUUCUUUUAG